GCGUUUGCGGAUCUAGCACAAGCGAAAUCCGGAUCAGCUUCGCCCGGGGCGGCGGUGGUGGAGAGGUGGUGGCGGCGGCGUGGAUCUCGGAAGAAAGACAGCAAAGAUGAAGUUCUUCAUCGGCGACCUGCCGGUUCUCUUCCCUUACCCGAGGAUCUACCCGGAACAGUAUGCCUACAUGUGCGAUCUCAAGCACACUCUGGACGCGGGCGGCCAUUGUGUUUUGGAGAUGCCGUCCGGCACGGGAAAGACAGUAUCGCUCUUGUCGCUCAUCGUGGCAUACCAGCAACAUUAUCCGGAGCACAGAAAGCUGAUAUACUGCUCGCGUACCAUGUCGGAAAUCGAAAAGGCGCUCGCAGAACUGAAGGCGUUGAUGAAAUAUCGGGCAGACCAGCUCGGGGUGGUGGAGGACUUUCGUGGUCUGGGACUCACAAGUCGAAAGAACUUGUGUCUCCACCCGUCUGUGAAGCGUGAAAAGAGCGGAUCUGUAGUCGACGCGAGAUGUCGAAGUUUGACUGCUGGCUUUGUGAAGGAGAAGAAAGAGCGUGGGGAAGAUGUCGACUUGUGCAUCUACCACGACAAUCUGGACCUACUCGAGCCUCACAAUCUCAUUCCGCCUGGUGUGUGGACGCUCGAUGGUAUGCUACGAUAUGGAGAGGAGCAGAAACAGUGUCCCUACUUCACCGCUCGACGCAUGAUGCCAUUCUGCAAUGUCAUUAUCUACUCCUACCACUACUUGCUGGAUCCGAAAAUUGCGGAGCGUGUGUCACGAGAGCUUUCGAAAGAUUGCAUCGUGGUGUUCGACGAAGCACACAACAUUGAUAACGUGUGCAUAGAAUCUCUCAGUAUUGACCUGACCGAGGACUCUUUACGAAAAGCUGCGCGGGGAGCUGAGAACCUGGACCGGAAGAUCAAAGAAAUGAAAGACACCGAUGCCGAGAAGCUGCAGAACGAAUAUGCCAAGUUAGUCGAAGGCUUACGAGAAGCAGACACUGCCCGCGAUGAGGGCGCCUUCAUGUCCAAUCCCGCUCUACCGGAUGACCUUCUCAAAGAGGCUGUACCGGGCAAUAUCCGUAGAGCCGAGCAUUUUACCGCCUUUCUCAAACGCUUCAUCGAGUACCUCAAGACGCGAAUGAAGGUCCUGCACGUGAUAUCCGAGACGCCACCCUCGUUCCUACAACAUCUGAAGGAGCUGACAUUCAUCGAGAAGAAGCCCUUACGAUUCUGUGCAGAGAGGCUGACAUCACUGGUGCGCACUCUGGAAUUGACCAAUAUCGAGGACUAUCAACCGUUACAGGAAGUCGCCACGUUUGCAACUCUCGCUGCAACCUACGACACGGGUUUCUUGUUGAUUCUGGAGCCAUAUGAGUCCGAUACUGCCACGGUGCCCAAUCCCGUCUUGCACUUCACCUGUCUCGAUGCUGCCAUCGCAAUCAAGCCCGUGUUUGAACGCUUCAGCUCAGUGAUUAUCACUUCGGGCACGAUUUCUCCUCUCGAAAUGUAUCCCAAAAUGCUCGGUUUCUCCGCGGUCGUGCAAGAGUCAUAUGCAAUGACAUUAGCAAGACGAUCGUUCCUCCCCAUGAUUGUGACGAGAGGCUCCGAUCAGAACCAGAUAUCAUCAGGCUUUCAGACAAGAAGUGAUCCCGCCAAUAUCCGAAAUUAUGGCAACUUGAUCAUCGAGUUCUCCAAGCUUACACCUGAUGGGAUCGUGGUGUUCUUUCCUUCAUAUCUGUACAUGGAAAGCGUCAUUUCCAUGUGGCAGAGCAUGGGCAUCUUGGAUCAAGUGUGGAAGAGUAAGCUGAUCUUGGUCGAGACGCCCGAUAGCCAAGAGACAUCACUCGCUCUGGAGACGUAUCGAACGGCAUGCAGCAAUGGCCGAGGUGCAGUGCUGCUAUGUGUGGCUCGAGGAAAGGUGUCGGAAGGAAUCGAUUUCGAUCAUCACUAUGGGCGGACUGUGCUCUGCAUCGGCGUCCCUUUCCAGUAUACCGAGUCUCGCAUUCUCAAAGCACGACUGGAGUUUCUACGGGAGACGUACAGAAUCCGCGAAAACGACUUUUUAUCUUUCGACGCCAUGCGACACUGUGCGCAGUGUCUGGGCCGUGUCCUCCGAGGGAAAGACGACUACGGGAUCAUGGUCAUGGCCGACAAGCGGUUUGCCAAGAAACGAAAUCAACUGCCGAAAUGGAUCUCGGGCGAAAUGAUGGAAAGCGACAGCAACAUGUCUGUCGAUCAGGCAGUUGCAGCAGCCAAGAGAUUUCUGAAACAGAUGAGCAAACCGUUCCCUGCGAGCAUGCAAGAUGGAAUCAGCACGUGGAGUUAUGAGGAUCUCCUUGCUCAUCAGGCCAAAUUGAAAGCCAAUCAAAUGCGCGAGGAGCUCGAAAAUGGAGAGUAUAAUGGAGAGCAUCGCAUCCAUGGCGAUGCCGUAAUGGCCGAUGCCGAAGAGCAGAUUCGAGAGGUCACUGACGAUUUUGACAUGGAUGAUGCAGAUCAGAGCGCUAUGCUUCAAGCUGUUGCUUCUGACCACUGAGUGUGUCAUUGGCCUACCUUAGCAGUAUCUUACAUGUCACGCAAGCGCUUCAUCUUCCCGGGAGCUUGACAGCUUCUACAUGUCGUUGCUACCCAGGUAAUCAUCAAUAAGCCAAGAUGAAGUGAAUCGUUAAGAAGACCUAUACCUAGUCUCCAUUCUACCCCCUACAAGAAC